AAAUUAUUUAGGAUUCAAAAGUUAUUUUAUGUCGAAUAUUAAUUACUUAAUUUUUAAAUUAUUUCGGGCUUGAAUUAACUUUAUUCGAGUGAUUUCAGAUUCAAUUCGGGUGAAGUUAAUUUUCGGAUGAUUAAGUUAUAAUGUAGAUUAAUUUUGAUUUUGGACAGGUGGAGUCGGGUUACUGGAUUCGGGCCAGAUUUUCCCACCUAUAUUCCCUCUUCCUAGUUCCUUCAGUUAAGUUGCUAUGGAUGCUCAGUCGGGAGUUGACUCUUCUUCUUCUUCUUCUCCUUCUUGUUCUUCAUAUUUUCCAGAGAAAGAGAAGGAGUGGGGGGAGAGAGUUGCAGAGAAAGUGUUUGCGCUCUAUCAGUCGCUGCCAAAGAAGGGAAAGCCUCAGGGACGCGAAGUCACCGUAUUGGCCGCUUUUCUCCUCUCCUCUCCCUCUCAAGAUUUGGUAGUGGUCGCAUUAGGGACAGGAACGAAAUGUAUAGGGCGUUCUCGUUUGAGCCAUCGUGGUGACAUUGUCAAUGACUCCCAUGCCGAAAUUAUUGCUCGCAGAGCUUUGUUAAGGUUCUUCUAUGCAGAGAUUCAACUUAUUAAUGACAAUUUAAAUAAGCAAGGACAAAAUGAAACCAGACACUUGCAAGCUGGUGGCCUGGAAAACUCAGUUCUUGAAUUGGAUUUAGAUGGUUCUGGUGAAAUAAAAUAUAAACUCCGAGCAGGGUGGAAAUUACAUCUGUACAUAUCUCAGUUGCCAUGUGGAGAUGCUUCGCUUAGUUUGGCACCAUCUUCAAUUGAUGAACAUGGAGAUGGCUCACAACUUGUUGGCUUGGUUCAGAGGAAGCCAGGUCGUGGUGAUAUGACAUUGUCAGUUAGCUGCUCUGACAAGAUAGCCCGUUGGAAUGUUGUUGGAGUUCAAGGGGCUCUGCUUUCCUACUUUCUUCGACCUAUUUUCCUCUGUUCCAUUACUGUUGGAAAAUCCCCUUGUAGUUCUGAGGAUUUUUGCUUGGAGGAACGAUUGAAAAGAUCCUUAUAUGAUCGAAUUGUACCAUUUUCAAAUGAGCUUAUAAAACCUUUUGAAAUUAACAAGCCAAUAUUUUAUGCAGCCCCAGUACCGGCAAAGGAGUUUCAACAUUCUGAGACUGCUGAAGCCACCUUAACUUGCGGGUACUCUAUAUGUUGGAAUAAGUCUGGUUUGCAUGAAGUCACUCUUGGAACCACUGGAAGAAAGCAAGGCACAUCUGCUAAAGGGGCAGUUUAUGCAUCUACUGAAUCAUCUUUGUGCAAAAAGCGAUUGUUGGAAAUUUUUUUAUCACUGAGGGGGGAAUGCCAAAUCAAAUGUUCAUCCAAUGAGGUUUCUUAUCGAGAACUCAAGGACAGGGCUGGGGAAUAUAACUCAGCUUCAAAACUUUUUAAGGGGAGACGUCCCUUUCACAGUUGGCUAUUGAAACCUUUAAACUUGGAGAAUUUCUCAAUUAUCAGUAACGAGGGCAAUCAUCCCUCCACAACUCAUGUGGUCUUCAAGGGUGAUCCAUUGGUUGGUUGGUUCAUGCUGAUGCUAUAACAUGCCUGAUGCUGAGUCCAUAGAGUUUGGGUUGACCUUAAUUUGAUCCAGAUUAUUGGCCAAAUUGUCAUAUAGACUGAAACUUGGGAGCCCUUUUAUAUGUUGCUCACCGCUUGCUAUUGAGGGCAAAUUUUUAGCAAUAUCCCUUAUUGAAUUUUUAUUUUUCUCGUCCAGUUCUGGAUGAAGUAAACAGUGUCCAGGUGCAUAGGGAAAUGUGCUCUGCGCUCAGUCUUUUGGGGAAAGGCUUCUUCAUGUAUUGGAAAUAGGAAUUGCUUAUCAUAAAAUGCACGGAUGUAGUUGUGUGCUAGCCCAUGAAAUGGAAAGGAGCUGAGCUCCAUCCCUCUACGCUGCCAAAGGAUUCUAACAACCUGGCAACUCCUGUAUGUAUGGAGACUUGCUACUUGAAGUGGCAAAGUUUUGUUGUGGUUCUUGUGAAAAUUUGUCUAAACAUGAAUGAUCCAAAGUCAUGGAGUGCGGAAUUUUGCAUUGAUGUGAGUGAAGGCAACGGCUAAACUCCUGUUUUUCAGCGGUAGUCAAGCUGCUAGAAAUGUUGUCUGUCAACCGGGACGAGGAGGAAAAACGAAGGAUAACACAAGCCCAUUGAUUCUUCACCUACUGUCAGAUAUGUUAUCAGUGGCGCCUGUUAUGCGCUAAAGACGAGCAGGGGGCCUCACAAAAUUGGUAGAAAGAAAAUUUCGUGUUAUUGUGUUUCUUGGGAGCCUAGCAAAAGUUUAUUUGUGCAAAACUAAUGGGCUAUUUCACGAGAUGUGGGAUACGUUUAUAUUCAAAUUUAGAAUUCAAGGAAUUUGCUAGACAA